AUGAAAAAAGCUUUUGGCUCUAGUCAUUCCAUUAUAUUGACAAUUUCAAAAAACUGCUCAUACUAUGAGCAUAGUAUGGUCGCGGUUAGGCAAGUAUGCCCCCAUCGUCUAGUGGUUCAGGACACCUCUCUUUCAAGGAGGCAGUGGGGAUUCGACUUUCCCUGGGGGUAG